UCUUGGUUUCGAGCCUUGUGCCGCCGAUGCGUGUGUGAUGCGUCUGAUCGAGAGCGGUGUAGUCACCAUGGUGGUUGUGAUCCACGUAGACGACAUCUUCUCUAUCGGGCUCAAGAGCAGGUGCGAUCAGUUUGGUGUUGACCUCAACCGGUAUGUGCCCAUUUCCAACCUUGGGGAACUGCGAUGGUAUACGGGUUGCCGGUUUUCUCGUGACACGGUGUUGGGGACGGUGUCUAUUUCGCAACAGGCUGUAGCGGAGAAGAUCGUUGCCAAGUUCGGUGUGACGACGGACAAAGAGACACCUAUGGUCGUUGGGUUGAAGCUUGAGCAGUACGACGCCGUCGAGCCCGAUGUCGACGAGCCUUUCCGGUCGCUAGUGGGACACUUGAUGUGGCUGGCGAAUCAGACUCGCCCGGAUAUUCUCAACGCGGUGCGUGCCGUUGCGAGGUAUUCGCACGCGCCGAAGCGACUGCACUGGGAGGCGGCUUUGCAUGUUUUGAUGUAUGUUAGAUUCACGAGCGGGUACGGGAUUACUUUUCAGAGGGGCACGGUGGGAGGAGACCACAUGGAACUUUUUGUCGAUUCGGACUUCGCCAACAAGGCAACCGACCGGCGGUCUGUUUCUGGGGCACUAGUGAUGUUCGCUGGCGCUAUUCACUUGGCAAGUAACCCGGCUACUACUCCCAAUUCGAAGCACAUCGACAUCCGCCACCAUUUCAUCCGUGAGCGUUUAGCGCGGGGGGAGUUCAAGGUAGUCCACGUACGGUCGGACCUGCAACGCGCGGAUUUCUUGACCAAACCGCUCCCCAAGGAGACUUUUUGCGCGCAGCGAGACUUCGUGAUGAAUAUUCGUUGAUUUUGUUCUUGGUGUUGCACUAUUUCAGCGAUGGGGCCUUUCUUGCACCAUGUGUUUUAUUUGUGACCUGGUACUGGCCUUUGAUCUGCUGCUCGAUGUUGAUUUCUGCUUUCGCGAUGGAUGGGAUAGUUCUGCGUGAGAAUCAUGGGGGGGGAAGUAUUGUUCCAUGAUCCUAGUCGCAGGUGGUUUGUCUUGGUUUUGAUUUUUUUCGGGAUGAAUGAUGCAGCAGGGGGGCUGUUGGAUUGAUUGAUUGAUUUGAUUUUGACUUCAUGUAUGUAUGUUCAGGAUGGAAUGGAUGUUACAGCAGGGGGGCUGGUGGAGUGAUUUGUUUGUCAAGGUGUUGGAUGUCGGAGAGAGGGUUUGGCAUGUUCUUGUAAUUUGAACUGGCCAUUGAGUUGAAACAUGAAUAUUCAUCUGAGGAAUAAUUUGUUCUGAGUAGUCAGGACGUAAGACACGUUUUCCCGGGGUUACCNACGUUUUCCCGGAGUUACCCGUCCUCCCCGUUCUGACGUGAUUCUGAUGUAAUGUUGAUCUUUUUGCUGGGUAUUUUUCCAAGGGUGAUUGUUCGUGUUUUGACUGCUUGAGAAUUGGGUUGAGCACUUUUCUCGAGAGGGUAAUUUGUUUUUCUUGACAGACCUUUUAGGGGUAGAAAUUUGACAUCAAAAAGGUUUGAAAGCUUUGCAGGACGUGUUUUGUUGGAAGAUCCGGCGAUUUCGUGGGACAUGUUCUAUUGGCAGAGUCGUUUGGAUUGGAAUGAGUGGUGGAUGAUUUAUUGUUAGCAUAGGGGUUUUUGGUUUUUCUGUCUGCCGUUUUGUCUGGCAAUGAUAGUCGUGUCGGGGAUUUCGUAGAUCGUAUCUCGUACCGAGCAGGGGGGCUGUUUGGGGUGCUCGGCAGAGUAUACUGUCUACGGGGCCUCCGGGGGGUACGCGGAUGGAAUGUAUUGACGGACAUGCUGCAUGGCGAUGGUGUGGCCUACCGCAUGUCUCUCACUCUCUAAGCAACAAGGUCUUGAGUCAACCUUCUUUCUCGAUCGGCCUCUGACGAGCUACCACACCCAAACAAGUCCCAAACUUGUGUUUCCCCACCUUCGAAAAACAACAGGAUUGGGGGGCGGAAAACGCUGGUCUGUCGCUACAGUAGUCUGCCGCCACGAACUCUACGUAGGGUGGCCAAGCUGCUGCUGUCCUUUCGUCUCUUCACUUGCUCCUUAGCUUCCGUUCUUCCUCUACACGACUUGCUACAGAUGCAGUUCUUCAACUCCUUCUGUUCGACGAAAAAAUUAUUCUUUCAUUGCUACAGAAGUGCUUGUUUGUGGCACUUGGAUAUGAGUACGAUCUGUGCAUCCUCCUUGGGGGAUACUCGUAUGGGAAGUAUGGGUGUGAUGGGUAUGUAUGCAGUUGGAGUUCAAGUGCGGCCCCCCCGGGUGAUCACACGGCGGUGUGCUCCCGGCACUUGCCUGAGGGGCUUAGGUGUUGGUGACCAGCUUGCAUGAGGGGCUUGCGUGACGAGUAAUAUAUAUAGUCAUUUUCUUCAUCUGCUGUUACUGGGAAUACAUAGUACCUAGUCUCAACACCACAGACCGCUGAGGGCGGCAGUGCACACUAACACGAUAUGACUAUAUUCUGGAGCCUAGCUAGGCCAGGUGUUGGUUCGGCGAUGACGGAAAGAGAGCGAAAGUUAGAAGAACGAGCGAGGAAUGCCGAGAGAGAAGCCGAGGAAGCGGCAGCCAAGAUGGCGGAAAUGCAGAGAAGAAUAGAUGAAGCGGAAGAGAGGAGUUCAGCGGAGGAAGCUGCGAGAGGAAGAGUGGGUGAUGCUGGGCAUGCAGCAGGUAACAUGAGGAUAAGCGGCGCUGUCUAUGCGCCUGGGUACCAUAGCAGGGAUGGAGCUGCCGGAGGGGCGGCUACUUUUGGAGCUGGGGGGACGACUGGUUUUUUCGAUGAUCGGAGGCAGCAGCAGCGUGACCGCGAUUACGUGCGGAAGGACCGGAAGCCACCGGUAUACGACGGCAACUUCCCACUGUUCAAGUCGCUGUUCGAGCUCUUGCUCGCCCGCGAAGAUCUAUCACACACACUCGCCAAACCGGCCGUCCAGACCAACGCAUCUGGCUCCUCAACGGGCUGCCAAGGAGCAAAAACGUCUGCUUGCACGGUGAGCGUCGCGUGCACGAUCAUGAGUAUGCUUUUGAGUACUUGAUGCGCGCCACGAAGCGGGCAAACUUGCAGGCUAGAAUCCUUGCCGUUGGGACUGUGUCUAGGGCUUGGGAGGCUGUACAACAGUUCUGCCUGCCAAUGAGUAACUUCGAGCAGGAGGCACUGAAGCUGUCUCUCACGAACAUGAAGAUGCAGCUUGGAGAGGACCCAAAGGAGUACUUGCUCAGGUUCGACAGGGUGUUGUCUACUCUCCGCGCCGUCAACGGCGAUGCGAUCACGGAUAGAGAAGUCCUCGCGAUGCUUCGAAGGAACCUCUCCGCCGACUACGAACAGGUCCACAUUCUCUUCAUGGCCAACAGCUCGCUCACGCGCAAGAACUUGGAGAAUCUUGUGCGUAGCCUCUACGCCGAGAGAGACCUCGGGAAUGUUGCGCGGCGGACGGCAGCGCCGACCGGUGACCCGCGCGCUCUUCAUGUCGGCGGUGGAAAUUUUCGGCGCGACUGUUGGGGAGGUUUUUGUCGUCAACAGCAGCAUGGUCUGCAGCCGUCCUGCGGAGGUGUUCACGUACAGCAACCGUUGCAGCAGCAGUGGAGGUACGGCGUGUUUGGCAGAGGGUGUACUUUUCAGCAGCAGCAACAACAACCGUGCGUGCAGCAGAGGUUCGUGCCACAGCCAUCGGUGCAGCAGCAGCCCAUGCCACAGCAGCAAGCGCCGUCCCCGACAGCAGCAUCGGCGCUGCAGCAGCGGGGACAGCGG